CGAGUUAAACCCUAACGAGUCACUGCCAGUGACUACCCUUUCCUUCCAGCUCAUCUUAAACCCAUUUCUGAAUUCUGAUUCUUCGCUUAAACGUCAAUGGCGUUCUUCGCUUUAUCCAAGCGCUGGCAAUGGCGGGCAAGGGCGCUCCCCAACCUUCCCCGAAUCUCCCACAACCCUUCCUCGAUCCAUCACCUCCGUCUCUUCACCGCGAGCCAAGAAGGAGAAGAAGACCCAGCUCCGACAACGGAAAAAUCCCCAGACCCAGUUCCAAAUCCCGACUGUCCUCCCUCCGAGAGUCCGAACCCACCAAAAAGCCGGCCCGAAAACACCGCGAUCCAGAGAACCCCACGAGGUAAGAGUCGAAACCCAGAAAAGAUAGAGGAUAUUAUCUGUAGAAUGAUGGCAAACCGGGCGUGGACGACCCGUUUGCAAAACUCGAUCCGGAGAUUGGUCCCGCAGUUCGACCAUUCCCUAGUUUGGAACGUUUUGCACGGCGCUCGGAACUCCGACCACGCCCUUCAGUUCUUCAGGUGGGUCGAGCGAUCCGGAUUGUUCAAUCACGAUCGCGAGACCCAUUUGAAGAUCAUCGAGAUUCUCACCCGAGCUUCGAAGCUCAACCAUGCCCGGUGCAUUCUCCUGGACAUGCCCAAGAAGAGCGUGCAAUGGGAUGAGGACCUUUUUGUUUUGUUCAUUGAUGGUUAUGGAAAAGCUGGGAUUGUUCAGGAGUCUGUAAGAAUGUUUAACAAAAUGAAGGAGUUGGGUGUGGAGAGGAGUGUUAAGUCUUAUGAUGCUUUGUUUAAGGUUAUUUUGCGAAGGGGAAGAUAUAUGAUGGCUAAAAGGUAUUUUAAUGCGAUGAUAAAUGAAGGCAUAGAGCCUACUAAACAUACUUAUAAUAUCAUGCUUUGGGGUUUCUUUCUCUCGUUGAGAUUGGAGACUGCGAAGCGGUUUUACGAGGAUAUGAAGAAUAGGGGAGUUUGGCCUGAUGUUGUCACGUAUAACACGAUGAUUAAUGGGUAUAAUCGGUUCAAAAUGAUGGAUGAGGCUGAGAAGAUGUUUGUGGAGAUGAAGGGGAGGAAUAUAGCUCCUACGGUUAUAAGUUAUACCACGAUGAUAAAGGGGUAUGUGUCGAUUGGGCGAGUUGACGAUGGAUUGAGAUUGUUUGAGGAGAUGAAGUCUUUUGGUAUCAAGCCGAACGCUGUCACGUACACGACGUUGUUGCCUGGGCUUUGUGAUGCGGAGAAAAUGUCCGAGGCUCGAACUAUGUUGAAGGAGAUGGUGGACAGAUAUAUUGCUCCCAAGGAUAAUUCCAUCUUCUUGAGAUUAUUGUCUAGCCAGUGCAAGGUGGGCGAUUUAGAUGCGGCUGCAGAUGUUCUUAAGGCAAUGAUUCGGCUGAGCAUUCCAACGGAGGCUGGUCACUAUGGCAUCCUCAUUGAGAACUUUUGCAAGGCUGCGGUGUAUGACAGGGCAGUUAAGCUGUUAGAUAAACUUAUUGAGAAAGAAAUUGUACUAAGGCCUCAGAGUUCCACAGAGAUGGAGGCUAGUGCUUAUAAUGCAAUGAUUCAGUUCCUGUGCAACCAUGGGCAGACAGGGAAAGCUGAAAUCUUUUUCCGGCAGUUGAUGAAAAAGGGUGUUCAAGAUCCUGUUGCCUUUAACAAUUUGAUCCGUGGUCAUUCCAAGGAAGGCAAUCCUGAUUCGGCUUUCGAGAUUUUGAAGAUCAUGGGUAGGAGAGGGGUAGCUAGAGAUGCAGAUUCUUAUAGAUUGCUUAUCAAGAGCUACUUAAGUAAAGGCGAGCCUGCUGAUGCUAAAACAGCUUUGGAUAGCAUGAUUGAAAAUGACCAUCUUCCGGAGUCAUCAUUAUUCAGGUCAGUAAUGGAGAGUCUGUAUGAAGAUGGAAGGGCUCAAACUGCAAGUAGGGUCAUGAAGAGUAUGAUCGAGAAGGGCGUGAAAGAGAAUAUGGACUUGGUUGCUAAGAUUUUGGAAGCCCUUCUCGUGAGAGGUCAUGUUGAGGAAGCAUUAGGAAGGAUCGAUCUGCUUAUGCAAAGCGGGUGUGCGCCAAACUUUGAUAGUCUUUUGUCUGUUCUUUGUGAGAAAGGGAAGACAAUCGCGGCUCUCAAGCUGUUAGAUUUUUGCCUUGAGAGGGAUUAUGUUGUAGAUUUUUCGAGCUAUGAUAAGGUGUUGGAUGCUCUUUUAGCAGCAGGAAAAACUCUCAAUGCAUAUUCAAUAUUAUGCAAAAUAAUGGGGAAAGGAGGAGUUACCGACUGGAGUGGCUGCGAAGAUCUUAUCAAGAGCCUUAAUAAGGAGGGAAAUACAAAGCAAGCAGAUAUUAUUUCUAGAAUGAUAAAGGGAGGACAAGAAGCCAGUGGGAGCAGAAAAGGGAAGCGAAAAGCCUCCCUCAGUGCCUGAUUUGUUCUCUUCACUUUUUCUUGAACUAGAAUUCUGCGAAUACCAUUGGAGUUGCAUUUAGUCAAAAACUGGAGCUGAACGAACUCCAGAAUAUUCUGUUAUUUUUUUUCAAGCACAGGGUUGUAGUUCCUUAAAUUUGAAGUUUUUUUAGUUUUAUUUGUCAGGUUUCAGUUUUGGCAAGGGAGAGAAUAAGAGGACUUGAUUUUGUUUUUGCUGGUUAUACUAUUUGAUGGAACUUCCAUCCAAAGUUAGCAUCCAAAACCAGAUAUGGCUUCCGACCCUUUAGACAAUGUUUGGGCGUUUAUUUCUUGGACGGCGUAAAUAUACAAUUUGGGUUUUUGUUGUAAUUAGACUUGAGUUUGCUCAUAAAUUUAAUCUUACAGACUUGA